CAAGCUGAUAAACCAAAGUUUAAAAUAAUAAUUUUAGUGAAUGUGGCUUUGAAUAAUCCAACAUGGCAAUCACAACAGAUUAGUUCAUCGACCUACUACUCCUCCAGUAAUGCAGUGGAUGGCCUGAAGACUAACUUAAGCCCUGGUGGAGGACAAUGUGCAAUAUCAGCAGGCCAAAGGAGCGCCACCUGGUGGGUAAACCUGACAUCAAUUUACAGCAUUGGUGAAAUUUGGAUUUAUUACAGGACCGAUAACAAUGUGUGGGACGCAUCAAAUCUCCACACAUCAAGAUUUUUAGGAUUUUAUGUUUAUAUAUCGAACACAACAGAGAGGUCAAAUGGUCACUUGUGUUUCCAUGACACAAAUUAUACCAGAUCAACUAUACCUGCAGUCGUCAAUAUAACAUGCCCUGUGCAUGGACAAUACGUCAUCUACUAUAAUGAGAGACUAUCAGGUGUUAGUUAUCCCGGGGAAUAUUCCAGCAACGCAUAUAAUGAUCUUUGUGAGGUGGAGGUCCUUGGUUGUAUUUCUGGCUACUAUGGAUCUACUUGUUCCCUCCCCUGUCCUGUCAAUUGUCGUUAUUGCCAUAUAGAAACAGGAGAAUGUCAGUGGUGUGAACCAGGGUAUCAGGGAUAUCAAUGCAAAUUUGAAUGCAAUGGCGGCACAUAUGGACAGGAUUGUGCAGAUAGAUGUGGAGCCUGUCUCGAUUAUAAACAAUGUCAUCACAGCAAUGGUUCAUGCCUUGAGGGUUGUGACGCUGGAUAUGUUGGAAAUCUUUGUGAAUUAGGAUGUUCUGUGGGAAAGUUCGGAUAUAACUGUGAAAGUUAUUGCAGUGACAAAUGUGGUGUACCCCAUAGAUGCAACAGGGCGACAGGAGAAUGUGAUGGGGGAUGCCAGUCAGGAUGGAAGGGGCUUCAAUGCAGUGAAGAAUGCAACGAUGGCAGAUAUGGACAGAAGUGUGCAGAUAGAUGUGGAACCUGUCUGGGAUAUAAACAAUGCCAUCAUAUCAAUGGUUCCUGUCUUGAGGGUUGUGACGCUGGUUUUAUAGGAGAGUUCUGUACGACAGGGUGUUUAAUCGGAAAAUAUGGAAAUAACUGUAGUGAAAAUUGCAGCGUCAAUUGUGUGGAACCCAGAAGAUGUUACGGGACCACGGGAGAAUGUCAAAGAGGAUGUUUACAAGGCUGGGAGGGAAUUCGUUGUGAUAAGGGUAAAUUGCUUCUGACAGCAGACACAGUGCUUAUUUCCUUCGAACUUUAA